AUGACUCGAAUAGUAAUAACUUUUUUCAUUUUGGGCAUGUUCACACUGAGUGGAUGGUGUGGGCCUAUUAAAUCUGUUUUUGUGAAUUUUCCUGGAGAUCAAAUGAGAAACAUGACUGAUGAAGAGCUGGCAGAUACCUACUUGAAACGAUUUGGCUACAUAAAUACUCUUGAGAAAAGUGGACUCCAGUCUCAGUCCAAAGCCUUGAUGAAGAUGCAGAAACAGCUGGGCUUGGAGGAGACUGGUGAACUAGACCAGGCUACAAUCAAUGCCAUGAAUCAGCCUCGCUGUGGUGUUCCUGAUGUUCGAAGUUACCAGACCUUUGCAGGGAACCUCAAGUGGGACCAUAACGACAUCACGUACAGGGUUCUGAACUACUCACCAGACAUGGAUGAAUCACUCAUCGAUGAUGCUUUCGCCCGUGCCUUCAAGGUAUGGAGUGAUGUGACACCUUUGACAUUCACGCGCCUCUACGCCGGCACUGCUGAUAUCAUGAUCUCAUUUGGAAAGCUGGACCACGGGGAUCCCUACCCUUUUGAUGGAAAAGAUGGACUGCUCGCCCAUGCCUAUCCUCCAGGGGAGGGAAUCCAGGGAGAUGCCCACUUUGAUGAUGACGAAUUCUGGACCCUUGGCAAUGGAGCAGUGAUUAAGACUCGCUAUGGCAACGCAGAUGGCGCCAUAUGCCACUUUCCCUUCACAUUUCUUGGAAAGUCUUACUCCAGUUGCACCACUGAAGGGCGUGAAGAUGGCCUGCCCUGGUGCAGCACCACCGCCAGCUUUGAUGAGGACAAAAAAUUUGGCUUCUGUCCAAGCGAGCUUUUGUUCACAUAUGGAGGAAACAGCAAUGGUAGGGCAUGCGUUUUCCCCUUCGUGUUUGAUGGAGAGACAUACAACAGCUGCACUACAGAAGGGCGGAAUGAUGGCUACCGUUGGUGUGCUACAACAUCCAACUUUGACACUGAUAAGGAAUACGGAUUCUGCCCGAGCCGAGAUACAGCUGUGAUUGGAGGUAAUUCAGAGGGAGAGCCUUGUCACUUCCCAUUCACCUUCUUGGAUAAGACAUACACGUCCUGCACCAGUGAGGGACGGGGCGAUGGUAAACUGUGGUGCGCUACGACUAGCAACUAUGACAAAGAUCAGAAAUGGGGAUUUUGUCCAGACAGAGGUUACAGUCUGUUCUUGGUGGCUGCUCAUGAAUUUGGCCAUGCCCUUGGCUUGGAACACUCCAGCAUUCAAGAUGCUCUGAUGUACCCCAUGUACAAAUAUGUCAAGGAUUUCUCUCUCCACAGCGAUGACACUGCAGGCAUUCAGUUCCUCUACGGACCCAAAACUGGUCCAGAUCCUACACCUCCCCAGCCCAAAUCAACAACUUCCCCCCCAGUUACGACCACUGAACCCACCAGGGAGACAACAGAGACCACCCCACACCCUGUGGACCCCAAAGAUGACGCCUGCCAAGUGGAUAAAUUUGAUGCAAUUGCAGAGAUAAAGGGACAACUUCAUUUAUUUAAGGAUGGAUACUAUUGGACAAUGUCAAGUCAGCGUAAGGAAGGGCUAAACGGUCCUUUCCCGAUCAAGCAGAGUUGGCCUGCACUGCCAGCCGUCCUAAGUACUGCAUUUGAGGACAUCUUGACAAAGAAAAUCUAUUUCUUCUCAGCCAACCAGUUCUGGGUGUACACUGGAGAUCAGGUCCAAGGACCACGCAGAAUUGAGAAGCUGGGUUUGCCUGCCAGUCUGGAGAGAGUGGAAGGGUCUCUACCACGGGGAAAAGGCAAAGUGCUCCUUUUCAGUGAAGACAAAUUCUGGAGACUGGACGUCAAGACUCAGGCGGUCGACACAGGGUAUCCUCGAUACACAGACUAUGUCUUUGGUGGAGUCCCAAAUAAACCUCAUGAUGUAUUCCUCUACAAGGGACAUUACUACUUCUGCCAGCAAAGCUUCUACUGGAGAAUGAAUUCCAAGCGACAAGUUGACAGGGUUGGAUAUGUGAAAUAUGAUGUCCUGAAAUGCCCUGCCUACCACCACAAAUGA